GCAAAUCUCCCUCGCCGGCGGGGCUGACCAAGAACACGCACGUACACAGGGAAGAGAAACAAAACGGAACAUUUUCCCGGCAGAAAACUGCACGCGGCUGCUCUAUCUACAGCCACCAAGUAUAGAAACAAGCGCGUGACUCCCGCUCGCCAGGACCCCAGAGAAAUAAAUAACACUCACCGAGCGCAGGCUUUCCAAAACAAAACGCACAGUGGCCUCCACCGCAACGCAUUAACCAGCAAUGAUGGUAGCGAGUUUGCGAGCUGGCCUUCCUCUCGUUAUUACGGCUAAUCCAACAGCGGGCGUGAUGCCUAAGGCUGCACACGAGCAGCGGGGCCGGCGGACGAGCUACUUCCUCCCCUUCCUGUUCUUACUUCUGGCGCGGCGCUCGAUCGGCUUCCCUCCUGCGACACAGCAGCCGACCUCGUCUCACUCUCCGGCUGCUCCCCCGGGGGAACAAGGCUCCGGCAGCAGGAGCGAGAACGAAGGUACCUCUCUGCCUCCAAACGCCCUGGCUGGGCGGCAUACAGCCAGCCGGCUCCACACGUGGGAAAUGGAGAGGAGAAAGGCCGGCUGCUGCGAUUUCCUUUUCCAGCCGUCGCAGGAGAGUGCUGUCUGGCGGGCGGGGGGCGCUGUAGCUCCCGGGCUUGUUCGGUGUUACGUGCAGAGUACCCACGCCCCGAGCCGGGGUCUUCAACUGCUAGUCCUGCGCUCUGGGGCCUGGCGACGUUUUCCACCGUUUGCCAAAGACCAUCUACUGCCGCCACCGACCCUUCAGUCUCCGUUGCCUGCGGUCUGCCUGGGGAAAGGAAUGGCUGUAGUUGGCAUAUCAGCUAAAGCUAAUGAAUGGUGCUAUAUGUCAUGGGACAGACUUGAGUCUCCAACCACAGGCCAGGAUCCAACUGCACACCAGACUAUGAACCUGCUUCUACAGGUAGUAGUUAAAAUUAAUUACAGUAUGUUUCUUGGGGAGGGGGACAGGCUGAAUAUAGACUACAAUCCUAUGUGUGCUAGCCUGGAAGUAAUGCCCAUUUAA